ACCCCAUUGAUCCAUCAGACGACGAUCUGUUCCAUCUGUUUGAUAAAUAUCCUACUCCCAUGCCAGAUACGUCCACCCCCAUGAUCCCCCCAGUAGGUGUCCAGGCCGUGGCCCUGACCCCAGACUCUGUUAGGGUCAGCUGGGCAGACAACUCCAUGACCAAGAACCAGAAGACCACUGAGGUCCGCUACUACUCUGUCAAGUGGAAAACCAGCUACUCUACUAGUGGGAAGUUCAAGGUAAGGUUAUGGGUUGUGUGUUUGUGUGUGGGCGUGUGUGUGGGCGUGUGUGUGUGGGCGUGUGUGUGUGGGCGUGUGUGUGGACGUGUGUGUGUGGGCGUGUGUGUGUGGGCGUGUGUGUGGGCGUGUGUGUCUCUUGCCGACUGGUUUAUGUUGACAGCCUGUCACAAGAAACUUAACUUGGAAGGGUUAGGUUUUUGCAUGAUUCUAUUUUUGGAAAUAUUUGUAUUGUCUUCAAAUCAAAUGUUAUUGGUCGAGUACACAUACAGUGGGGGGAAAAAGUAUUUAGUCAGCCACCAAUUGUGCAAGUUCUCCCACUUAAAAAGAUGAGAGAGGCCUGUAAUUUUCAUCAUAGGUACACGUCAACUAUGACAGACAAAAUGAGGGGAAAAAAUCCAGAAAAUCACAUUGUAGGAUUUUUUAUGAAUUUAUUUGCAAAUUAUGGUAGAAAAUAAGUAUUUGGUCAAUAACAAAAGUUUCUCAAUACUUUGUUAUAUACCCUUUGUUGGCAAUGACACAGGUCAAACGUUUUCUGUAAGUCUUCACAAGGUUUUCACACACUGUUGCUGGUAUUUUGGCCAAUUCCUCCAUGCAGAUCUCCUCUAGAGCAGUGAUGUUUUGGGGCUGUCGCUGGGCAACACGGACUUUCAACUCCCUCCAAAGAUUUUCUAUGGGGUUGAGAUCUGGAGACUGGCUAGGCCACUCCAGGACCUUGAAAUGUUUCUUACGAAGCCACUCCUUCGUUGCCCGGGCAGUGUGUUUGGGAUCAUUGUCAUGCUGAAAGACCCAGCCACGUUUCAUCUUCAAUGCCCUUGCUGAUGGAAGGAGGUUUUCACUCAAAAUCUCACGAUACAUGGCCCCAUUCAUUCUUUCCUUUACACGGAUCAGUCGUCCUGGUCCCUUUGCAGAAAAACAGCCCCAAAGCAUGAUGUUUCCACCCCCAUGCUUCACAGUAGGUAUGGUGUUCUUUGGAUGCAACUCAGCAUUCUUUGUCCUCCAAACACGACGAGUUGAGUUUUUACCAAAAAGUUAUAUUUUGGUUUCAUCUGACCAUAUGACAUUCUCCCAAUCCUCUUCUGGAUCAUCCAAAUGCACUCUAGCAAACUUCAGACGGGCCUGGACAUGUACUGGCUUAAGCAGGGGGACACGUCUGGCACUGCAGGAUUUGAGUCCCUGGCGGCGUAGUGUGUUACUGAUGGUAGGCGUUGUUACUUUGGUCCCAGCUCUCUGCAGGUCAUUCACUAGGUCCCCCCGUGUGGUUCUGUGAUUUUUGCUCACCGUUCUUGUGAUCAUUUUGACCCCACAGGGUGAGAUCUUGUUUGGAGCCCCAGAUCGAGAGAGAUUAUCAGUGGUCUUGUAUGUCUUCCAUUUCCUAAUAAUUGCUCCCACAGUUGAUUUCUUCAAACCAAGCUGCUUACCUAUUGCAGAUUCAGUCUUCCCAGCCUGGUGCAGGUCUACAAUUUUGUUUCUGGUGUCCUUUGACAGCUCUUUGGUCUUGGCCAUAGUGGAGUUUAGAGUGUGACUGUUUGAGGUUGUGGACAGGUGUCUUUUAUACUGAUAACAAGUUCAAACAGGUGCCAUUAAUACAGGUAAUGAGUGGAGGACAGAGGAGCCGCUUACAGAAGAAGUUACAGGUCUGUGAGAGCCAGAAAUCUUGCUUGUUUGUAGGUGACCAAAUACUUAUUUUACACCAUAAUUUGCAAAAAAAAUCAUUAAAAUUCCUACAAUGUGAUUUUCUGGGGUUUUUUUUCUCAAUUUGUCUGUCAUAGUUGACGUGUCCCUAUGAUGAAAAUUACAGGCCUCUCUCAUCUUUUUAAGUGGGAGAACUUGCACAAUUGGUGGCUGACUAAAUACUUUUUUCCCCCUCGGGUGGCUGAGGUCCUUGAUCUUUUUGGCCUUCCUGGGACAUCGGGUGUUGUAGAUAUCCUGGAGGACAGGCAGUGUGCCCCCGGUGAUGUGUUGGACAGACCGCACCACCCUCUGGAGAGCACUGUGGUUGCGGACGGUGCAGUUGCCGUACCAGGCGGUGAUACAGCCCGACAGCAUGCUCUCGAUGGUGCAUCUGUAAAAGUUUGUGUGGGUCUUAGGGGCCAAGCCAAAUUUCUUCAGCCUCCUGAGGUUGAAGAGGUGCUGUUGCUCCUUCUUCACCACACAGUCCAUUUCAGAUUGUCAGUGUUUUACGCUGUGUGAUGAUGACCGGUAAUGUGCUCAACCAGCAGGUAGAACUGGUUGAACUGGCCUGCUCAAUGAGGACUUGCUGUGGGGUUAUUGCUCGUUAAAAAGCUGUUUUUGAGCUCUACUGUUUUUUCCUAGACAGUCUCCCUACUGUGCUCUCUUCAUUUGAUUUUAUUUUAUUUGAUGUAUUUUUUUGGGCAAAACAUUUGAACAGUUAAAAAGUACAAAGCCCAGAGGAUAUGACAUGAAAACAUUAUACCACCACACCAAUGGGGUCCUCUGACAGAAUAGUUUUUGGAGUUAUGUUGUUUCUGUCUCUAGUCUGCAGACACUACAGCCCUCAGCCACACCGUCACUGGCCUCAAACCCAACACCAUGUACGAGUUCGCUGUCAUGGUCACCAAGGGCCGCAAGUCCAGCACUUGGAGUAUGACAGCUCACGCUACAACGUACGAAGCAGGUAAGGCUCUCUGUCUUUUCUCUAUCAACCUCGAUCCCUCUCUCGUUGUCUUGUUCUAUCUCUCUCUCUCUCUCUCUCUCUCUCUCUCUCUCUCUCUCUCUCUCUCUCUCUCUCUCUCUCUCUUAUUCUAUCUCUCUUUCUCUGACUCUCUCUCUCUCUCUCGCUCUCUCUCUCUCUCUCUCUCUCUCUCUCUCUCUUGUUCUAUCUCUCUUUCUCUGACUCUCUCUCUCUCUCUCGCUCUCUCUCUCUCACACACACACUCUUUCCAUCUCUCUCUCUCUCACGCUCUCUCUGUCUUUUUAGUUAUGAAAAUUAUCACCACUACCCCAAAUUAUAUAUAUAUUCGAUGCAAGUAUAUGCCAAUUUGUCUUAUGCAAUAGUCUGUGUGCAUUUUCAAAAUGGCUGCAUUAAUUUAUUAAACCAAUCCUGUUUUGGAAGACAUUGACAUUUAAUUGUAGCCAUUGCUUACUCUCAGUCUCUGCUUCCUGCUCCCUAUGCUCCUUACUCUCAGUCUCUACUUCCUGCUCCCUAUGCUCCUUACUCUCAGUCUCUACUUCCUGCUCCCUACUCUCCCUACUCUGUCUCUACUUCCUACUCCCUACUCUCUCUACUCUGUCUCCACUUCCUGCUCCCUACUCUCCCUACUCUGUCUCUACUUCCUGCUCCCUACUCUCUCUACGCUGUCUCCACUUCCUGCUCCCUACUCUCCCUACUCUGUCUCUACUUCCUGCUCCAUACUCUCUCUACUCUGUCUCUACUUCCUGCUCCCUACUCUCCCUACUCUGUCUCUACUUCCUGCUCCCUACUCUCCCUACUCUCAGUCGAAACCUUUGAUGUUGUAAAUAGUUCACAGGAAGAAACCAUUGUUCCGUCCCCAUAUAAUACUCUGCUGAGGCCCUGGUAAGGCCCUGCUAGCUACGUAACUUAGAACUCUGUUUGGUAAUGAACACAUUGACAUUCAAUUGUAGCUACAUCUUUGUAGUAUAUAUGUUGCCAUGGAAAGCACAAUUGUAGUCAACUCUUAAUCUUAGUCAUCUCCGAGGCACUUUGAUGUUGGAAAUUCGUUACAAAAACCGUUGUUCCCUCCUGGUAUAAUACACUGGUGAGGUCCUGCUGCAUGGCCCCAUACACACUCAAGUUGUAAAACUGAUGUACAACGCAUUUGGCACAUCGGUUUUGAUAUAAUUGAACGUUGUUCUGCACCAAAAUAAUUGCAACAGCUUGUGGAGACAAUGGUUGCAUGCAAAAAAAAAUUUGCAGACAAAAUAUGUUGUAUUACAAAAAUAUCAGUUGCAUCACAACCAUUGUGUCAAAUGCGUUCUACGUCAGUUAAAGGAUUAACAGUCUGUGUGGGGCCUACGCUAGUUCCAUGACUUAAGGCUGUGUUUAUACAGGCAGCCCAAUUUAGAUGUUUCUUUCUCACUAAAUGUUCUUCUGACCAAUCAGAUCUUUUGCCAAUAUUUGUAAACGUAGGCUUAGAACCUUAGCGCCUCUGUUUGGUCGUUAAAGGGACAGCAUGUUAAUUACCUGACCUGGUCCAGAUCACUAGCAGGUUUUAAUCAGCUUUGUCGCCAUGCAGGCUCCAUUAGAAGGAAUGUUCUCAGAUAAACACUGACCCCUUAGUCUCCCUCAGGUAAUCUAUCACAAUUACUGAGAACAACAUAGGAGUCCUGAUACCUGUUUGGACUAUGUUGGCUAGUGAUUGCUUUUAACAUUGUUUGGCCUUUAUCCCCAAUGGCACCCUUUUGCCUAGAUAGUGUACUACUUUUCACCACAGCAUAUUGUGCACUAAAAGGGAAUAGUGCACUAUAUAGGGAAUAUGGUGCUAUUUGGGACACACACUGUUCUUGAAACUUGUGUUUGUUAUUGAUUGCUAUUCCCACACAGAAAUAACAAGCAAAAGAUAUGAAUCAUGUUGGAAAUGGAAACAGGAACAUAUGUGAUUGGUUUGAUCUUUGAGCAAAGGUAGUUAUAUAGCAAUUCAACCUUUCAAUGAAAUCAACUCAACUGUUCUAUGGAAUUGGAAUUCCUGUGGUAGUCCUUUAUAAACAAAGAGUUUGAUGUUUAAUUUCAUUUCAUUGUAUUCAGGAGAGAUCGAGAGCUGGUCUCAGAUACGUUUAUGCUGCAUGGGAACCAGCACACAUGUUAGCCUUGAUUUCCAAAAACACCUCCAGAAACAAUUGUCUAACUUGUGAGCCUAUUGACACAUGACAUUCCAGAGCAGCGUGUUUUUAGGAAGUCUCUUUUGUCAGACCAUGCAGCCUCUGCUGGGCCUCAGGCUUAACGUCAGCUUAUUGUAAUAACAGAAUGAAUUAAAGCUCAAAUGAACAGCAGUGUGUGGUGGUGUGAUGACAGAAUUAGGACACACGUCGUUGGUGCUGUAAACCUGACCCCUGACCUCUACUUCCUGUUCGUCACCACCCCUGAUUGGCUGACCCUUGUCGAUUUCCUUUCUCUCUCUUUACCUGAUUGGUUGACAGCUCCCAGCUCCGCCCCCAAGGACCUGACAGUGAUCAGCAGGGAGGGACGACCCAGAGCCAUCCUGAUCAGCUGGCAACCCCCCAUGGAGGCUAACGGACGAAUCAUG